UCAAUAUUUUGACAUAAUACGAAUUUUACGCGCUUCUUAAUUUUACAAAUUUCAUACUUGUUCUUAUUAAUCAAAUCCAGAUUUUUCAAUGCUUUUUGCUUCAUUUUCUAACCGUUAAUAAUCACAUACGUUAAGUUCGUAGUGUAACAAAAAGUGGACUUUGCAUGUUGGAAUUCGAUGAAAAGUCUUCAUAUACAAAAUUUUUACUUUCAGAAUUUUUUUACAUUAAGAAGAUCUCAUGCUUCCAAAUCAAACAGGAUUUUCCUUGGACAUAUUCUGAUGAGGAGCAUUUUUUAGAAAACCCAGAAAUUGCACCUUUGCAAUCUUUUAGCUGUAAAUCCUUGAACAUGCAUAUCUAUGUAGAAUUUCCAUGCUCAGAUUUUUGAUGAUAAACAAAGUUUUUAAUUAAUAAAGCUGAAAAUGAAAACAAGAAGUCGUUUAGCAGUUUUUGAAAAUAUUAACAACAAUGAAAAUACAACAAACAACGAAGAUGAUGAUGCAAAUGAUUCCUAUGAUGAAGAAGUGAAGGAUACAUCUAAAAUUAAGAAGAAAAUUAAUAAAAUAUCUGAACAACCUAUAACAUUCCCAUGUCGAUUUAGGGAAUGCGGCCAAGAAUUCACUGAUUAUUUCAAAUUCGACAAUCAUUUGAUUAGCCAUAUAAAUCAAGAGGACUUUACAGGAAAAAUAAUUCAUGCCUUUUGCCAGUAUGGUGAUUGUGAUUUGAGGUUUGUUAGUUAUCUACAUGCAAUACAACACAUGUCCAUUCAUGGACAUCAUGAUAAACUGUGCUAUCUUGGAGAAAUAGCUGUAAAAAAAAAUUCACUGCCUGAGUGUAAACUGGAAAAUAUUUUCACCUGCCCAGAAUCUGAGGUUGUCUACCAUUGUGAAUGGGAUAGUUGUAAUAUGGUAAUUGAUACCAUUUGUAAUUUUUUGUGUCAUAUCAAAAUGCAUUCAAUGGGUAAUUCUGUAAAGGAUAAGAAGAAGAUUGAUUGUGAAUGGAAAGGUUGUAAACAGCAAUUCAAGAUGCAAUAUCAAUUAAGCAAGCAUAUGCCAGUACAUACCAAGACUAAGUAUUUAGCAUGUAUAACUUGUGGCAAUUCGUUCUCUUCCAUGGCCCGAUUUUCAGAUCAUAGAAGCAAACAAAUCCCGAUUGAGAAGCAAAAUUAUAAAUGUUCGCAAUGCUUCAAGGUGUUUGCUACCGAAAGUUUGAUUCGUGACCAUGUUCGAGCUCACAUCAACCAGUACAAAUGUCCCAUGUGUGACAUGACUUGUCCAAAACCUUCAAAUUUGAUCAACCAUAUAAGAUUUCGUCAUAUCAAUGAGCGAUUAUACCAAUGUAAUCUUUGCGAGCAUUCGGCGCUGUCCAAACAAAAUCUUGAACAGCAUCUAAUUUCUCAUUGUACCGAAAUGCUCAUGGUUUGUGAUGAAUGUGAUUUUGCCUGUCGAUCAAUACAUACUCUGGAUAGACAUAUACAGAGGGAACAUCUGAAGGAUAGACAAAUGUUCGAAUGCCAUAUAUGUAAAAAAAGAUAUAAAAGAGGUAACAUCUUAUCGCAGCAUCUGGUGGCAGUACACAGCGUCCAAUAUCCAUCUGGACAUUCAAGGUUCAGGUACAAAAAAGAAGCUGAUGGAAUAGCCAGAUUGCAAACGAUAAGAUAUGAAACAGUUAAUGUUAUAAAAGAAAUUAUCGAAAGUAAAAAGAAGGAGGAAAUCCCAGACAAGAAAGUAUUGAAAUGUACUAUCAAGAAAAAAAAAGAUGGAGACAAUAUGUCAGUUGCAGUAAAUAUUGAAGAAUGCAGUUCUUCGGACGAAGAGGAAAGGCCUACAAAAAAGAGGAAAAAAUCAUCAAAUAAUGUUUUAUUGACAGUACUUGAUCUUGAUGAUAAAGGAAAUGUAGUAUCAGAAGUUACAGAAACCCAGGAGGUUAUUGCACCUGAACCGGAUAUGAUGGAAAUUUGAAGGUACUCAGAUUUUCUUCUUAAUUUUUUCAUGUCAGAUACUGUAAUGCGGUCUAAUUAAGAAUGAAAGGUUGGAAACCAUUGAAUUUCUAAGUAUUUUUAGCUCUUAUACAUGUGUCAAAAAUCUGUGAAAAUUAGCUGUAUUAAGUCUGUUGUAUGUUUUUGUAUUAUUUUGUAGUUGUUAUUAUUAAUGUAUCAAAACACUUUGUUUUCAUAUUGCUUUUCUUUUGGAGAACUUAAAUAUAUGGAUUAUUAUAA